AUAUUAAAAAGAUUGAUGAAACCGUUCAAGACAGUUCGAUUCUCUGGGUUCCGAAAGCUGAGAAGCAUCCUUUGUGCCUACCAUGAAAUACCGCUACGCCAUGGUCUGCUCAUCGAAUCAGAACCGAAGCAUGGAAGCACAUUCCCUGCUCAAGAAGCAGGGCUUCGACGUCUCCUCCUAUGGUACAGGCGCUCACGUCAAGCUCCCCGGUCCCUCCCUUAGGGAACCAAAUGUCUACGACUUUGGAACUCCGUACAAACAGAUGUUCGACGAUCUCCGCCGGAAAGACCCCGAACUAUAUAAGCGCAAUGGCAUUUUGCCAAUGCUUAAAAGGAACUCAUCUGUCAAAUUGGCACCACAAAGAUGGCAAGACAAUGCUGCUGACGGUUCCUUUGACAUCGUGCUUACAUUUGAGGAAAAGGUUUUCGAUAUGGUUGUUGAAGAUCUCCACAGCCGAGAUCAGGUUCUUAUGAAAACUGUGCUAAUAAUCAACUUGGAAGUUAAAGAUAACCAUGAGGAGGCAGCCAUAGGAGCUCGGCUUGCUUUAGAUCUGUGCCAAGCAAUUGAAGAUGCUGAGUCAUGGGAGGAAUCAAUAGACGAUAUUAUAGUUGCUUUUGAGAACAAGCACCGUCGGAAGCUGCUGUACAGUAUCUCUUUCUAUUGAAGGCAUCUGUAUUCUCUAAUGUAUACUCCCUAGUAAAAUCAUUCCUAUAUCAUUGCUGUGCUUUUGUCUUGCACCCUACCCUCGCUUUUGUACGGUUGUUGAUGGUUUCCCGCACAUCCAUUUUGUCAAGCAGUGGAACUAUCUCAACUCGAGUCCCGAGUCCUGACCUUUAUCUACGAAUUUGUAGGGUGCAAUCUUGUCCUUGAGGAGGUUAUUGGUCACAAGAGAUUUGAAGUUGGCAUCCUCCACUAGUUCUAGGUUGUUAGCGAGUAGAGGAAUUCAGGGGAAUGAUAAAAUUGCAGAGGAAAUAUCUAGCUGUCUGUUGAAUUAAAUGUCGAAUUAAAUGCUAUGAUAAGCGGAUUUUGUGUAUAUUGUCAAAGUUUCUGGGUACAUGAAUGUGCGCCAUUCCUGUUGGUCACAUUUGUUUGAUGCAUGUUGGUUUUCUGUAUGUUGGUUUUCUGUGAAAAACUAAUCCAAACUUUGUUAUAUAGCGUUUGGUUUGACUGAUAAUGACAGGCUAU